ACGGAAGGAGGUUUUCCCCCUUGGUUUUUUCCCGAGCUCCCCCUCUUCAGUCUCUCACCGUCUCUUUCUCCCCUCUGCGUGUUUGUUCCGUGGGACGUUAGCGCCGCCGCCUCCCCUCCUGAUCUUUCGACGCCGUGUCGCAGUUUAGGACUGCAGCAACCAACAAAGGCCACCGGAGCCAGCGUGCCGCCCCACGCCACCGGGGUAUGUCUCGUCCUGUCUCUCCCUCUCCUCUCCCUUGAUCUCCCUCACGUUCGUCUCGGCUUUCCUCUCCCCCACUCUGUCCGAUUUGGUUCUCCCGCCAUGUGUUUCCUCACCAUCUAGAACUCGGUUUUGAUGUUGUUUUUAAGUGUCUCAGAGCACCUCGAACGUCUCUAGACAGCGCUGUCAUGCCCUCGAAUCUGACCGACCACCACUCUGAGAUUGGGUUAUAAGGAUUCAUCGUCGGGUACGGGUUGUGACAGUUUUUUUUUUUUCCUAUAAUUUGCUUCCAUGGCCAUUACCAGUCCAAACGCACCUCCUACACCCUCUAGGGUCAACUCCACCACCAUCCACACGGCUGUCACCUCACUCCUGAAAUGGAGAAACUCCAAGUCGGGGACCCAGAAUCCCCAACUUUUAGAGCAAGAUGAAUUUGUCUACCUCAUACUCACCCUCAAGAAAAUACCCUCCCAAUCUCGCACUAACCCCCAUAAGAUCCUACUCCCACAUGCCAUACAAUCCCCCCACCUCUCCCAAGAGCUUUGCCUCAUCAUCGACGAUCGACCCCACUCCAAUCUCACCAAAGCCUCCGCCAAAUCUAAGAUUGAUUCUGACCAAGUACCUGUCUCCAAAGUCCUCAAGUUAUCCAAGCUGAAAUCGGAUUAUCGCCCAUUUGAGGCCAAGAGGAAGUUGUGUGACUCGUAUGACAUGUUCUUUGUAGACAAGAGGGUUGUGCCCCUCUUGCCAGGGUUGUUGGGGAAGCACUUUUAUAAGAAGAAGAACAUUCCGGUGCCCGUGGACUUGAAGCACAAGAAUUGGAAGGAGCAAAUUGAGAAGGCGUGCUCUUCAGCCUUGUUAUUCUUGAGAACGGGGACUUGUAGUGUCGUGAAGGUGGCGAGGGUGAGUAUGGAGAAGGAGGAGAUUGUGGAGAAUGUGGUCGCUGCGAUCGAGGGGAUUGUGGAGAUUGUGCCACGGAAGUGGGGUGGUGUGAGGUCGUUGCAUUUGAAGCUGCUGGACUCAUUAGCUUUACCGGUUUAUCAGGUGGUGCCGGAUGUGAGGUUGAGGAUUGAGGGAAUGAAAGAGGAGGGAAAGGGUGAAGAGGCUGGCAAAGAUAAGGGUAAGAAAGGUGAGCGUGUGGGGAAGAAGAGGGGGAGGAUUCAUGAAGUAAGGUAUAUGGACGGGAAUGUAGGUGAGGUGAUUCAUGAAGAUGAAGUGGGGAGGGAUGAGAUUGAGGGUGGGGAUGUUGGUGACAGUGAGAAUGGUGAAAUGGAUAUUGUUGAAUCGGUGGAUAAGAAGAGAAAAAAGGGAGACAAGACUGAAGUAGGGGUUUUUGGGGAGUUGAAACACUUGAAGAAGUUGGCUAAGCUGAAGAACAAAGUUAUUUUAACAGAGACAAGAGAUGAGUUGUUGGCUGUGAAGGGGAAGAAGGAUGAUGGUAUAACGAAAGAGAAUGUUGAUUUGUCGGUUGAAGAUGGGGGGUCUGCUGGAAAGAAGGAGAAGAGUGGGAAGAUGAAGUUGAGGAGUGGAGAAAUGAAGGUGAAGGCUAAGAAAAGCAAGAAAGCAGCUGGGUAAUUUGACUCGGAAGACUGAAAGAAGUUAGAGAUUGUAAUUCGUCCUCUUGCAGAUGUUUUUUUUUUCAAGUAUCUAAUACAUUGUACUUUUUGUCUUAUUUCUUUUUGUUAGACAAUGAGAAAUCCGCUGAUCGAAAUUAGUAACCACA